AUGGCUGCCUGCCUGGUAUGGAUGAAGCCUGUGGUGCUGAGCAAGAAUAAGAACGCGAGAAGAUCCACCGCGAAGAAGAAGAUCGAGAACAAUUUGACUGUUUGA